AUGGAUUUUGAUCCGUCACAAAACGAUUCUCAAUACCCAGAAGAAUACUGGGGUCAGGGUGUAAACCGUGCUUCAGAAUUAGCAAAUAAUUUUUUAUCUACUCUAAAUUUCUCUGCCGAAAGAAGUGACGAUGUAUAUAUAAGAACUGAAGAAGCUGCUGAUCAAAUGGUAACUCCUAUCAAUAAAAGAAGAAGAAAGUUAAAUAAUUGGGAUAUACCACCACCAGGAUAUGAAGGCAUGACGGCAGAGCAGGUUAAAGCUACAGGGCAUUUUCCACUUCCUGGACAACCUGCUACUACAAGACCACCAGUAGUUCCAAAUUCACCAGUAAUACCUGGAAUGGAUCCAUCAAGAGCAGCAAUGAUAAUGGGAAUGACACAUGAACUUCCACCACGACCUAAGGUCAGCCAAGGAGCAGCAGGUCCAGUUGCACAAACAGCAUCAUUGGCAAGACAAGCUAGGCGACUUUACGUUGGUAAUAUUCCAUAUGGCAUUGACGAGAAUGGUUUAUCAGAAUUUUUCAACACUACUAUGCUUCAAUUAAGUAUUACCACAUCGCCUGGUAAUCCAGUUAUAGCUGUUCAAAUCAACCAUGAUAAAAACUAUGCGUUUGUUGAAUUCCGUGCUCCUGAAGAAGCUACAGCUGCAAUGGCAUUUGAUGGAAUUACAUUUCAAGGUCAAUCAUUAAAGAUUCGUCGACCAAAAGAUUACCAACCCCCACCUGGACAGAAUCUCGAACCACCACCAAUACAUGUACCAGGUGUAGUGUCUACAAAUGUGCCUGAUAGCCCAAAUAAAAUCUUUAUUGGUGGUCUACCAACCUAUUUGAAUGAUGAACAAGUUAUGGAGCUUUUAAAAUCUUUUGGAGAAUUAAGAGCUUUCAAUUUAGUCAAAGAUACUUUAUCAGGAAUUUCCAAGGGAUUUGCAUUUUGUGAAUAUCUUGAUCCAAGUGUAACAGAUUUAGCUUGCCAAGGUUUAAAUAAUAUGGAGCUUGGCGAUCGUAAAUUAGUAGUUCAAAGAGCUAGUGUUGGAUCAAUUAAGAAUGCUGGUGUAACAACAUCUCUAUCAUCAACAGUUCUUAUUCCAGCUGGAAAUGGAGAGAUGCAACCAACUACUGUUCUUCAGCUUCUUAACAUGGUUACUCCUGAAGAAUUAGUAGAUGAUGAAGAGUAUGAAGAUAUUGUUGAGGAUGUUAGAGAAGAAUGCUCUAAAUUUGGUCGUAUCAUUGAUAUGAAAAUUCCUAGGCCAGGUCAAACAACUACUGGUGUUGGCAAGAUUUUUGUAAGGUUUGAUUCUGCAGAGGCAGCUGGUAUAGCACUUCGAGCACUUGCAGGAAGAAAGUUUGCUGAACGUACAGUUCUUACAUCAUAUUUUGAGAAAGAAGAGAAAGAAGAGAAAGAAGGAAAAAUAUCAGCGACAACUUUAAUUGAAGUUCCUUCAGUUAAUGAUACUCCUUUAACCUCUUCUUACACUUAUCAUUCGCCAAAGCCUGCCUUUUUAUUAUCAGAUAACAAUAAAGAUGUACCUUGUGUAUUAGGAGUUGAUGAAGCAGGCAGAGGUCCUGUUCUUGGACCAAUGGUUUAUGGAGUAUGUUAUUGUCCCAUUUCAAAAUACAGCGAAAUAAGCAAAUUAGGAUUUGCAGAAGGUCAAAGAGAAGAUCAUUUUCAAUUAAUCCAAUCCAAUAAUGAUAUAAUUUCCUGGAGUGUAAGAGUACUUUCACCUCAAGAUAUUUCUUGGAACAUGUUAAAGUUAGAUAAACAUAAUUUGAAUGCACAGGCACAUGAGACAACGAUUCAACUAAUACAACAGGUUUUAGAUCAAGGUGUCAAUUUAACAGAGAUAUAUGUAGACACAGUAGGACCUCCAGAUUCAUAUCAAAAAAAACUUUCAAGUAAUUUUCCAUCAAUAGAUAUUACAGUUUCAAAAAAAGCAGAUAGUAAAUAUCCAAUAGUUAGUGCGGCAAGUAUUUGUGCAAAAGUCACUAGAGAUCAUAUUUUGAAAAAAUGGAAAUUUAUUGAAAAGACAAUUAUUUCAACUAAAUUUGGUUCAGGGUAUCCUUCAGAUCCAAAUACAGUUAAUUGGUUAGAAAAUAAUAUUGAUUCAGUAUUUGGAUUUCCAAAUAUUAUACGUUUCAAAAAUUAUCCUUCCCAGAAUAACAACUUAAAACAAAUGUUUACAAAGGAAUCAAACAAAACUUCUUACAAUAAAUCUAAAUUAUUCAAAGAUAUUGGAUUAAGUUAUGUUUCUGAAUUCCAAUAG